GCGGAACGGUUAUCAGGGAUACUUGUUUCCAUCCGGAAGAUUUUUUUCCUUAAUGUGUGGCUAACUAUCGCUAAGCAUCACGGGAAGAAGGUCAAACGUUGUGUGCGUAAUGUCACGUUGACGGUAGACGAGGAGGCUGACGUCGAGGUUCCAUGUGAGGUGGUGUGACAGCUCCAGGCAGAAGCUGUGAAGCAAGCAGCAGCAGUAGCAGCAGGUGACAGAGAUCAAUGAAUGCCAGGAGCCAGAUAUAUAUAUGUAUGUGACAUUACAUUGUAUCCAUGAUCUAUUGGAGAAUAUCUAAAUGCCAUCUAAUACUGGGGACUCUGAGCUGUUCAGCAAUGCUUUGUGAGGGUGUACUCCAUGGUGAAGGUGACUGGCUCCACAUGGUCUCAGACUGUCUCCAUACAUUACAUUAAAGGGACACUAUAGUCACCCAGACCACUUCAGCUCAAUGAAGUGGUCUGGGUGCCCGGUCCCUGAGGUUUUAACCAUUCAGAUGUAAACAUUUCGGUUUCAGACAUGUUUUACAUGGCAGGGUUAAUCCAACCUCUAGUGGCUGUCUGCUUGACAGGCGCUUCUGCAACGCUGGGUGAGAAAUUCGCAUCCCGCGUGCAAAAUGCUUUCCACUGGAAAACAUUUUGCCGUGCAUGCACAUUCCGCUCCACUCGGGAGCCGACGUCGGUGGGGGAGGAGAGGCCACCAACGCAGAGUGACCCCGGCGCUGGAUUAAUGUAAGUAACUGAAGGGGUUUUUAACCCAUUCAGCACUGAGGGUGGGGGGUCCUAAGGAUGCUAUAGUGUCAGGAAAACGAGUUUUUGUUUUCCUGACACUAUAGUGAUCCUUUAAUUUGAUAACACUUUACAGGUUAUUUACUAAACUGAGAACUGUCUGAAAUUCAAAGCUGCUCUGUCACCUCAAACUUACCUUUCUCCUAUUGUUGCUUCUGUUUAUAAUCUGCAAUAAUUACCUGCUAGGGUUAACUACUCCUCUAGUGUCUGUCUACCAGACAGCCACUAAAGGGACGUCCGGGUGCUUAGACGCUAUGCAUGAGGAUCUCCAACAUCCCUGGAAUCCCCAUAGGAAAGCAUUAAAUAAUAAUAAUAAUAAGUCCUAAUGCGAGUGUGGCCAUUGCCGCGCAUUAGGUCUCCCCCGCCAGUGGAUGUUGGCGAUGGGCUGGACCAGCACCGCAGGACAUCGGCACUGGACCCAGAUAAGUGACAGAAGGGGCUAUUAACCCCUUCUGAACCACAGGGGUGCAGGAGGCUUGUCAGAGGGGGAAGCUAUUGUGCCAGGAAAACAGGUUUGUGUCCCUGGCACUAUAGUUCCCAUUUUAAUGCAAACUUUGGCCUUUGCUAGCCUUUACCUCUGGCACACCAGAUGCUGUGGUCUUCAUCUCCCCUGAGGCUUUGCCAACAUGAUGUCUAAGAACAUUAUGGGAGAUGUAGUCCAAAAGAUCUGGAGUAUCAAAGGUUGCCUACCCUUGGUUUAGCACAUGUAUCUUUGUGAGUUAGAACAAUGUCUUUUUUUUUUACGCGACAGUCACUUAUCUGAAACACUGAUUUGUGUUUGUGCGGUCUGUCAUUUUCUGUGAUUCCGUGGGAUUCAACAAAGUGUUGUGUUCUGAAAAAUGGUGCAGUCACGUGGAAGCCAGUGGAACCAGCACCACUUUUCAGAACCUGAUAUAUUGAUAGAUCUUCCUGAUGUGUUUGCUGCCCUUGACUGUUGGUACUUUGACUUUGGACCAAGGGCUGUCAAAAAUUCCUGAAAUUGAUUGGAUGGUACACACAUUUAUUUAAUAAGCAGUGAAUUGAAGACCGGACUGCAAAAUCCUGAACAAAAAGCCAAUGUGGGUAUAUCUGUUAUCGAGACUUUUUGUUUUACUUGAAUACGGUUUACCGAAUAAUCCUUGUGAGCAAGAGAAUGGCAAAUUUUAGGUUAAAAGGCUUUGGUGGUAUCGUGCCCCACUCAAUUCUGUGUUGUUCAUUAAAUUUAGGGAUUAUCAAAAUCUGAACAAUCGCAUGACGAGGCCAAAAUAGCUUAACUGGGAAAACUCACAUUCUCCGAAUCUCCAAUUUAGUAAAUAACCCCAGCAGUAUGAUAGCAGAUGUUUGGGAGUAAGUGGAAGCAGAAGGGAGACAGUUGAGUUAGAAUUAUACACUGGUAAAGUUAUUCACUAAAUUUGGAUUGUAAAAUUGAGACUAGAAUAGCCAAGCUUUGAAUAGAUGAGGGAUUUUUUAUUUUUUUUUUUUUGCUGGACUAUUUUCAAUUUGGAUUUAAUCUGCUAAAAUGCAGCAUUUAUUCAAUAAACAUGAAUUACAUUUAAAGGGACAUUUGAUUUUCAAAGUUUUUUUCAGGCAAUGUGAAAGAUUGCCCUUUCAGAGAAAUUGCAAUGUUUACAUUUGUCUGCAACCAUGUUUCAGGCAGACUGCCAAUAGAGGCUCUUCUUCCAUAAAACCUUUGAAAAUUGAAGGUUCAUGCUCAGUGUUAUCACACCGCUAAAUUACGCCAGAUACAUCCAAUGAUCCCCAUAGAGGAGCACUGGAUGGAGCAUUUGAUUAGCAAAAGUACAGCAAUAGCUGGGCAUGUGCUUCUGUCCACAAUGGCUCUCUAUGAGUAGCAUUAAAUUAGACAGUCAUCAUAACAUUUGACUUCAAUAGAGGCGAUUGCACUGAGGAGACUGUCCCGGGAUUUAAAAAAAAAACCCAAACAUUUUAUGGAGUUUUCUGCUCUUCCAUCAUAUUGGUGGAGAAGUAGUGAGAACACUACUAAGAAUACACUAACAUUAAAAAUAUAUUAUUAUGUAUAUAUAUAUAUAUAUAUAUAUAUAAAAAAAGCCAGCACUCUGUCUUGUAAAUAAAAACUUCUCAGGUUUUAUUCCAACAGUCAACUUUUCAGUUCUAAUUGAACUUUCUUCAGGACAUAAAUAACUUAUAUUAACAAUAUUGACUAUAAAUAAGGAAAAACUCACUCACCCCAACCUCGAUCACCUGUGUGGCGACGUACAGCCAUCACCAAUGCGCAUGCGUAAUUAAGCUCCGCCCCCUACUGACGUCCCUUCCAGGUGCCGUGCCUCCGUUUCCAAGGUAACCCACAGAAACAAACCAUCACCUUGUGAAUGAAUGAGGACAAGUGAAAUAAAUAUGCACGAUGUGUAAAUCGUUAUAAGUGCCCAUAAAUGUAGCUGUUUCAACUACUUAUUAAUCUAUAUACAGGGAUGGAAAAUGAAGUGCAUAAUGGGUAUAAGCAAACCAAAGAUUCAAUUGCAUCAAUCUUACAUUGAUAGUGUGCAAAUCGCAGGAUUAAUUUCCCGAGUAUAAAGAAUGCUACUUUAAAGUGACAGUGCAUCCACAUUACUUGAAAGGGUCUGUGCCAAAAAAUAACAGCGUAAAAACAUGUGACCACUCAUAUACAAUGAGAAAAGUGCCCAAAAUGUGCUAAUAUACAAGUGAAUGAAGAAAUACAUUACAGUAUAAUAUUAAUAUUCCUCAUCCAUAUACUAAAGUGCAUAAAUAUUUAUAAAUAUAAAGAGGUCUGAAUGAUUGCAAUGUUAAGGAGACAGUUACUGAGAAAACUCUGACUGUAUCCCUUUUGGGGAAAAACAUGCACACAAUAUUAUUAUAUACAUCAUGAUCAAGGUCUAAAUAAACAUAAAAGAAACAGAAUAAAAAAUAUAAUUAAUGUGAGCUUCCCAAUAGGGUUCUGCUCCAAAAAAUACAGACAAACCCUCUUACUCUUCAUUAUAUCCUCUGGAUGCAAUCUAUAUUACCCUAUUCAAAUAAAGAGCAUAUAUUCAAUUAUUAGAUGUAUCUAAGUCCAAUAUCACUCUAAUGAGGAUAAGAAAUCUCUAUUGUAAAGACAGAGAAAGGGAUAUCAAAAAAAUUAUUAAAAACUGGAAUAUUAACGAAUAUACAACCCAGGCCUAUGGCCCCAUAGGGGUCUAUAUAAAUGGCAUAUACGUCAAUUUUUCAUUGAGUCCCAUAGGUGCAAUAGUGUUCAAUUCCCGGAUCCAGAAGGUAUCUCUUUGUAAUAAUAAAAUCGCUCGAUUACCCCCUCUUCGAGAUAUGGGAAUAUGAUCAAUAGCUACGCAUUUCAGUGUAGAUAAUGGAUGCUUAAAUUCCCAAAAAUUACGUGCCACCGGUUUGUCUGUAUUCCCGUCACGGAUUGCUGUUCUAAUACUGGAUCUAUGCCCACGGAUUCGCUCACAUAAUGGUGUCUCAGUUUUUCCAACGUAAUUUAAUCCGCAUGGGCAUGACAAUUUAUAAAUCACAUGAUUAGUUCUUAAUGUGAUCUGAUGUCUAAUAGAAUAUUUUUUACUUGUGUGAGGGUGUUCGAAUGAUUUAGUGAGGAUAAGAUGUCCACAAGUAACACACCCCAAGCACCUGACACAUCCAAGAUUAAGGAAUUUAUUCUGGUCUGACAAAUAGCUCUGUUCAGGAUAUGUGCAGACCAAUAGGUCUUGCAAAUUCCUUUCUCUCUUAUGACAUAUCAAGGGUUUCUGUUGAAAAAUUGUUGGUAAGGAUGAAUCUCCAGUUAAAAUAUUCCAAUUAUCUCUCACUACUGCUGACCGUUUAUUACUUGCCGAGUUAUACUUCAUUGGAAAGGUCAAUCUUUGUGGUUUUUGUGGACCGGGUGUCUCUGAUCUCUGUUUAACAAUCAAUCUAGCUCUUGCCAAAGCUGCAUCCAGAAUAAACUGGUUGUAACCCCUGAUUAUAAAUUUAUUAUUCAUAUCCUCAAUUUGUUUGUCAGCGCAUUCAGAGAGAGAGUUAUUCCUGAACACUCUCAAGAAUUGAGUAAACGGCAAAGAUUUUUUAAUAUGCACAGGAUGCGCACUCGAUGCGUGGAGGAUAGUAUUGCGGUCUGUUGGUUUAGAAAAAGGUCGGUGCUCCAAUUUUUGAUUUUGAAUGAAUAUCUCCAGAUCCAAAUAGUGCACUGUUUUUGUGUCAAUGUUCCCUGUCAUCUUGAUUGGGCUGGGGAGGUUAUUAAUGUGUUGCACAAAAUGUCCAGCUUCCUCUACUGUGCCUCUCCACAAUAUCAAGAUGUCAUCGAUAAAAUGUACAUAUUUAAUAUUUGAAAAUGGUUUUAGGAUAUUCUCCUCCUCAAAUGUAUGCAUAUAUGCAUUAGCAUACAUGGGCGCCAUUGCAGCACCCAUGGAUGUUCCCGACUUCUGCAUGUACCAACUGGUUUCAAACUUAAAAUAAUUCUGUUGUAUAGUUAACAGCAUUAAUUCCAUAACAAAUUCAAUGGGAGGUCCUUGAUAAUAUGUUGAGUUGGAUAAUAUUUGUCUCAUAGCUUCAAUUCCUUCUUCAUGGGGAAUAACUGUAUAAAGGCUUUGCACAUCUAAAGUCAUAAGUACAAGAUUGUCAGGGAUAUGUUCAACUUUACCCAAUAUUGUAAUCAAAUCCUGUGUGUCCUUAAUACACGUAGGUAUGUUUUCCACCGUUGUUUUGAAAAGGAAGUCAAGGUAUUUUGCUAUAGGUUCCAAAACUCCUCCUAUUGCGGAGACUAUCGGACGUCCAGGAGGUGACUGUAGACUUUUAUGGAUUUUUGGCAAUGUCUAUAGGAUAGGGGUUCUCGGAUUGCUUUUCUUUAGGAAAUUAAACAGGUCUAAAUCAAUAUAUUCUGCCAAUAGUCCCAUCUCCAAUACUUCUUCAAUUUUCAUCAUCACCUCCAAAGUUGGAUCAUGUGGUAGAGAACUGUAUGUAUUUCGAUCUUCAAGUUGUCUCUUAAUUUCCAAAGAGUAAUCUUUGUAGUUAAGGAUCACAAUACCCCCUCCCUUGUCUGCUGGUCUCAAGACAAUUGAGGGAUCGUUGGCCAAACCUUUAAUUAAUUGAUGUUGCUCUUUAGAUAUGUUACUGUGUUGGAUUUUGUGUCGGGAACAUCCAUGGGUGCUGCAGUGGUGCCAUGUAUGCCAAUGCAUAUAUGCACACGUCUUAGGAAGAGAAUAUCCUAAAACCAUUUUCAAAUAAAAUCAUUAAAUAUGUACGUUUCAUCGAUGACAUCUUGAUAAUGUGGAGAGGCACAGCAGAGCUGGAAAUUUUGUGCAACACAUUAAUAACCUUCCCAGCCCAAUCAAGAUGACAGGGAACAUUGACACAAAAACAGUGCAAUAUUUGGAUCUGGAGAUAUUCAUUCAAAAUCAAAAAUUGGAGCACCGAGUUUUUUCUAAACCAACAGACCGCAAUACUAUCCUCCACGCAUCGAGUGCGCAUCCUGUACAUAUUAAAAAAAUCUUUGCCGUUUACUCAAUUCUUGAGUGUUCAGGAAUAACUCUCUCUCUGAAUGCGCUGACAAAUUGAGGAUAUGUAUAAUAAAUUUCUAGUCAGGGGUUACAACCAGUUUUUUCUGGAUGCAGCUUUGGCAAGAGCUAGAUUGGUUGUUAAAGAGAGAUCAGAGACACCCGGUCCACAAAAACCACAAUGAAGUAUAACUCAGCAAGUAAUAAACGGUCAGCAGUAGUGAGAGAUAAUUGGAAUAUUUUAACUGGAGAUUCAUCCCUACCAACAAUUUUUCAACAGAAACCCUUGAAAUGUCAUAAGAGAGAAAGGAAUUUGCGAGACCUAUUGGUCUGCACGGAUCCUGAAUAGAGCUAUUUGUCAGACCAGAAUAAAUUCCUUAAUCCUGGAUGUGUCAGGUGCUUGGGGUGUUACUUGUGGACAUCUUAUCCCCACUAAAUCAAUCGAACACCCUCACACAAGUAAUAAUAUUGUGUGCAUGGUUUUCCCCAAAAGGGAUACAGUCUGAGUUUUCUCAGUAACUGUCUCCUUAACAUUGCAAUCAUUCAGACCAUAUAUAUAUUAUAUAUAUAUAUAUAUAUAUAUAUAUAUAUAUAUGCACUAUAGUAUAUGGAUGAGGAAUAUUAAUAUUAUACUGUAAUGUAUUUCUUCAUUCACUUGUAUAUUAGCACAUUUUGGGCACUUUUCUCAUUGUAUAUGAGUGGUCACAUGUUUUUACGCUGUUAUUUUUUGGCACAGACCCUUUCAAGUAAUGUGGAUGCACUGUCACUUUAAAGUAGCAUUCUUUAUACUCGGGAAAUUAAUCCUGCGAUUUGCACACUAUCAAUGUAAGAUUGAUGCAAUUGAAUCUUUGGUUUGCUUAUACCCAUUAUGCACUUCAUUUUCCAUCCCUGUAUAUAGAUUAAUAAGUAGUUGAAACAGCUACAUUUAUGGGCACUUAUAACGAUUUACACAUCGUGCAUACCGGUAUUUAUUUCACUUGUCCUCAUUCAUUCACAAGGUGAUGGUUUGUUUCUGUGGGUUACCUUGGAAACAGAGGCACAGCACCCGGAAGGGACGUCAGUAGGGGACGGAGCUUAAUCAAGCAUGCGCAUCGGUGAUGGCUGUACGCCAGCACACAGGUGAUCGAGGUUGGGGUGUGUGAGUUUUUCUUUAUUUAUAGUCAAUAUUGUUAAUAUAAGUUAUUUAUGUCCUGAAGAAAGUUCAAUUAGAACUGAAACGUUGACUGUUGGAAUAAAACCUGAGAAGUUUUUAUUUACAAGACCCAGAGUGCUGGCUUUUUUCAUCCAUCUAUACAUUGUGCAGUUGAGCACCAGGCAAUACUUCAAGGGAUAGCUGGAGAGCAGAAUCGUUUGAUUUUGUGUGUGUGUGUGUGUGUGUGUGUGUGUGUGUGUGUGUGUGUGUAUGUAUGUAUGUAUGUAUAUAUAUAUAUAUAUAUAUAUUUAUAUUUUUUUAUUCUAAAUUGUUGCUUGUUAUUUCCAUAGAAUGUUGCAGUAAGGAAAUGCAUCUUAUUAAAUUAAGCCAAAGUUAAUAAAGAAGAAAUCAUGUUGGCGGUUUUGAAGGCCCUUUCUGGGAAGUCCAUCGGGACAUACAGUGUGUAUACAGAGGUGGGUGUUUUUAUGGGAAAAUUAACAUUUACAACUUAACCAAUGUUUACUUGUGAAUUCUGGCCAAGAAAGGGUAUUUUGGGCUAUAGCUUUCUAUUAUGACCAUAUUAAAGUAGAGUUGUCACUCAUUAUUUAGUUGCACAUCCAAAUAGCUGAGUAAAAGUUAGUUAUAGGUUGUGCUAGUCAUUUUUUUUUUUCAAAUUCUCAUAAAUAUUGAAUUUACCACGCAUGCCUGGCUUUUUCACAUGCUAUGUAAAUUAAAUGAACCUUCUAUAAUACAGAAUGCACACUAUAACUACCAAAUGUAAAUUAAAUGAACCACUCUGGUGGCACAAGUAUGGAAUUUUAGUACGCAUGAGCCACUCGAAGAAUCAAUCCAUAAAGGUGCCCACAACAAGGAAGUACAACAGAAAUAUAUAGUUUUAUUUAUUUUUUUGGUUUGUUUUAUUUUAAACUUGCACUAGUCAUUACAGCAAAUGCUGUAAUAGAGAGUUUACUGGAGUAAGUGAUUGAGAGACUACCACUUAUACAUUACAGUGAAACUGUAAUCCACUAAUUGCGUGAAUGGCAAGAUCACAUGCAAGUAGAUGUGUAUAUAAUGCAGAGAUUUUCAAGUUUCAAGCUGUAAAAAAUAGCUGACUUGGAGAAAUGUUUCAAUUUAGAUGUUUUUACCUAAAUUUUCUAAUUCCGUUGUACAUUUUCCCCAUUUGUCAGUUUAGUGAACACAUGUGUGUACCCUUUUUCUAAUGUUCACUGGCAGCAUUUACAUGGCUUUAACGAAUGGUAAUUAUGCCCUAUUGGGAUUUCAAGUUAAUUUGCCUUUGUUAUGGAUUCUACAAUUUUCCUUUCAGUGUCUAGAGUGUUUUAAACGAAGACUUGCACCAAACUCAAGACCCAAGUAUCGCUAUGAACUUCAAAGACACUACAGCUUCCCAUCAGGUAGCCCUGGAUUAUCAUGAAUACUUCCUGCAAUGCAGAGAAUAGAGUAGAAUUUUAUUUGAUUUCUUGUUCUUUUGUGUUGCUUAGUUUUAGUUUUGUUUGUUUGCUGGGAAGCCUUAAUUCAUGAAAUAUUGCAUAACACAGAUACUGAUUUGCCUCAUUUUUGUUUGGCAGAAGAUGUCAAGUCUCUACGGACUAUUAUCAGCCCUCCAGUAUCCAGGUUAGAAAUACUGUGCAUUUUUUUGAAUUUCUGUCAGACUUGUUAAUGAGCUCCUUGCAAUGAGUGGUAGUUAACAGAUAUUGAUAGGAGGGGGGGGCCCAGAACUUGCAUUUCUCAGUAGUGGUGCUGCCGUAAAGACCAAAUUUAUUCAAAAUGCAGAUUAAGGAACUGCGAUAACACCAAAAUCAUUUUAUCUGAUGAAUUGAAGCAACACCAACAAACAAGCGCGAGCUGCAGAUGGACUAUCUUGUCUUAUGCAGUGGUCAGUAUAUUUUGUAGAGGUUACUUUCAUCAUUUAGACAGAAAUGCCUGCAAACAAUCCUAGCUCGUCUGAGCGCUUACUAACAUUAAAUGUCCCUCUUUAGCGAGAAAUAAACUUAAACAAAAUCCGGUUUCACCAACCUUGUUUAUUAGCUACUCUCUGCUCUCCAGUGCUCAGUCACCUUGACUGCUAUCCUUCUGCACCCCAGGGCUCCAAGCCAGCCUGCUGCUUCCAACCUCCAAAGGAGGGGGAAAAAAAAUCUCUUUACCUGCCUAGCAGGGAGGGGUUUAUUCCCACUGCUGCAGCGGAUUACCUGCAGCUGAGCAAUGUGUUGGAGACAGUCCAAAACCCUGGCCUGGACCUUAUUUCUCCCAGUUGUAUGCAAACUGCGGAGUGGAGCAUUGGCCCACCCUGCUCUCCAAAUGCUCCACCCCAGGGGCCCAUAACUAAACAUUCAUUUGUGUUGCAUACAACGCAUACUCCCCCUGGGGUUAAAUGUCAUAUGCCUCCCUGAAGAAGGUAGAGGGAAAAACAGCCUCACAUACCACACCAUUCAUAUAAUAGGAGAUAAAAUGAUAUAAUCCUAAUCCAAUGCUUUUUGCCAUGCAUCCUAUUCAAAUGUUAAUUUUGUUUUAUUUUUGUAUGUAAUUAAAGUAAAACAAAACCCUGUUUAAUUUGAUAGGAAACAAAGUAUAUGUUUUGUAAGAAUAGAUAAUUGCAGAAUGCUGCAAAACAUUUAUUAAUUGCUAAAACUAUACAAAAUGGAGCACUAAAGAAAAUGAAAUCGGUAAUUAUUUCGGUCAAACUUCGAUGGAUGCAUUUGCUCCUCUAUAAAAAUGUUUUGUCAUAAAAAAAGGCACAGGUCCUUAAAGUGCUAUCAGUUGUUGCAAUCUAACGUAAUGUAAAACAAUGUGGCCGGUGAGAUUGGUUUACCGAGUCAUUUGUAUAAUUUUAAUAAUGACUCAUAUCGUUAUAGAAUCAGAAACAUAGGAAUCAUGGCUCAUAUCGAUGCAGGAAAGACCACAACUACCGAGAGAAUGCUUUAUUAUUCUGGCUACACCAGAGCCCUUGGAGGUGAGCGAUUAUUAAUAUACUUUUGUUGUACACAAAAUUGCAAAGCAUUUUUUUUUAAAUGUAUUUUUUUAUAAUGGAACAAACUUUAAUGCUUUGGCUCAUUUAAUGACAUGAAAUGUCUAUAACGUGUGUACUUUAACAUUAUUACUUAUAAAGUAGUCUGGUUAUUGUAGAUGUGGACGACGGUGACACAGUGACCGAUUUUAUGGCUCAGGAAAGAGAGCGUGGAAUCACAAUACAGUCAGCCGCCGUCACAUUCGACUGGAAUGGCUACAGAAUCAACUUGAUUGACACUCCAGGUUCUCCUCUUCAUUUAUGCGUAUAUUGGAAUAUUUUUCUAAAGGCAGUCUGGAGAAUUGUUGGACCAUGAUUUAUUGAGUGGGUCAGAAAUAAGACAUGCACAAUAUUAAAGAACAGCCCAUUGCACUGCACCCAUUUUGAAUAAAUAAAAAGAAUAAACAUAAAAAAUACAUAUAUUCCUUUAAUAUGAGUGGAGUAUCCUCUGAAUGCCUCAUAAAGCAUUGUUGCUGACCAUAUGUGUCCUUUGUUGGAAAGUGUAUAUUAUUCAUUUUCAGUAGGACGACACAAAUAGCUCAUACACAUUGUAUUUUAAGCUGAUUCUACAUAGAAGACGUGCCUUUAUUUGACCCCAGUGGCUGCACUGUCUGUGAUGUCAUUUAGCAAAGCAGAUAUUGGCAUGGUUUGGCCAGAGAUCUGCAGGAAAUGUGCGAUGCCAGAUAGUGUAAUUUGCAACUUUAUUCCUUACAAACCAUAGCCAGCAUAGCAUCCCUUCCAUUGUUUAACCCAUUCCGUUAUUUUCCUUCCUUUGUGCUCGGCCCUGGCAAGCCACCAUAACUAACUAGGUAGAGCCCCGCAUAAUAAUUUCUCAAUGUACGAUGGUGGACUUGAAUAUACAUGUAUGUUAUGUAAAAUAAGUACAUUUGUAUCUGUGCAGGACAUGUGGAUUUUACGCUGGAGGUGGAGCGCUCACUGAGGGUGCUUGACGGCGCAGUAGCAGUUUUUGAUGCUUCUGCUGGAGUGGAGGUAAGUGUACAUGUAACUGAUGGAACUCCCAGUACUGUAACAGUUCAUUGAAGUUAGUCCAAGCAUACCUUGGGACAGCAGAUAUCAUUUAAUAUGCAGGCAUGUCAUAAUAGAUCACAUUUCAUGGCUGAUGGGAAAUGGCAAUAUGUUUAAAAGGGAUACUCAAACCACCAUCACAACUUCAACUUAUUGUAGUGGUUAUGGUACCGCAAUCCCAUGGGUGCUGCUCCCCUGUGUUCUGACAAAAUGUUUUCAAGCAGUUUGGCAAUAAUUCAAUAUGCAAGCUGUGGUGGUUAUGGUUCCCAGUGUCCCGUUCAGUUGCUACUAUUUCUGGUCUAUGAUGCAACGUCUGCUUUCUUUUUAUUCUAUGUCUUUAUACCAGUUAUUCUAUUAGUUGUGCUUUUGUUUCUAUGUUUACUAUGUGACGUGUCUUACUCUGGUGAAAAUUUGAACUGUUAUUCAGGCGCAGACGCUGACCGUGUGGAGACAGGCAGACAAACACUCCAUACCACGCCUUUGCUUUUUAAAUAAGAUGGACAAAACGGGAGCCAGGUACUGAGAAAAAAAUAUAAUCAGAGAGAUUUACUGCGCUGUGAUAAAUGGGAGAGGUUUAUCUCCUGUGAAAAUUCCUGUAUUCUAUUUUGCAUCUUUUUCAAUAUCUUAAAGAAGAGGCUUAAUGGAAAAGUUAUCAUAUUUAUGACGUGGAACUAUUCUGUUAAUUACAGUUGUAUUUGAAGAUCCCCACUGUAGCAGAUACAUAGAAAGGCAUUUGAAAGGGUUGUGUUCUGAAACAUUGUGUAAAGUUCUAAACAUGGGGAAAACACUCUGAAAAUCAGGUACAUGUCAAAUCAGUAGAAUCCGGUACAUGCUUUUGGUGAUGCCUUCCAUGUUACAUUUUUGCACCACUUAUUAUAAUAGGACACUUUGAUAAAUCUGCACCAUAGACUCUUAUGCAUCUCUUUAAUAUCUGGCCUGUAGCCUGUGAUUAAUAAGUUUAUAUUGUAUGAUGCCUUCACUUUCCUUGGCGUGAUUGCGUUGUGUCCAGUAAAUUUGAUAUUUCUAGCAGGUUAGGUUAAAAAAAAGAAAGCAGGGGGGAAAUAAAACACACAAAGUUGCAGUUUUGGAAAUUUCUCAAACUCCACUAUAGUCACAGCAAUGGCUAUUUCAGCCUGAAUAAUGCAAUUCGCUAUUAAAUUCUAAGAAAUUUGCUGUUUAGUGAAUAAAUCCAUAUGUGUAUGGAAACUUAAACCACAAAUAGUAUAUAUCUAUAUAAGGCAAAUGUUACAUAUGGAUCCCAAAAAAGAAAAGCUAAAAUGCAUUCUAAGAGAAAACUUUUAAUUUACUAUAAUGCUCUCCUAUAAUGUAUCUUUCGAGAGAGCUUAUUUUUUGAGCUUCACAGCCAUCCAUUGCUAAUCGUUUUCUAACAUUGUGUUGCAGUCAUUUUUUUUGAUCGGGUCUCUGGAAGGGUCCUUUGUCGUUCAUUUUGCCUUUUAAAUUGAAUCCUGUAUACUAGUGACCUUCCCUUAUUCAAUAACAUGCGCAUGUUGUUUUUCUUGUCUUUUUUACUUCUAGUUUUUCAUUUGCUAUUGAUAGUAUCAAGGAGAAGCUGAAGGCCAAGCCAUUGCUAUUGCAGGCAAGUCGUGUAUACUAUGACACAUUUACACGGUGAUCUGAUCUAUUAAAAUGACUGGAAUUCACAGAGUAUCCCUAAUAGUGCCGCUCACAGAGUAAUAACACGUGUAGCUCUGUUUACCCGCACAAUAUGUGUGUCCAUCAUUCUUUAAACUGCAGUGUCUACUUAGUUUCCAAAACCACUAUACACCUAUGUGACUGAUCACACCAAAACUCAGGGUGCUUCAUAUAGCGUUAAUUGCAAGGACUGGAUUGCACUCCUUCACACUGCGGGAUAAUAAUUUCUUUAGUACGCCAUGAUCAAAAAACCCUUUACUGGGGCCUGUCUCCCAAGAACAGCCAGAGACAAACCUUUGUUCACAGCAUACAGUUUGUAUGUAAGAUGAUGUAUGAUUGCAUUGCAUGUAAUCAUACUUUCUAUAUUUGUUGUUGAUGACUAAGGGCAGAUAUCCCCGUGAUACCAAACAGAAAGUCAACAUCUUGGUGGUCAAGUACUUGAGUAUAUUCUGUUUUCAUUUUAUUUAAAGGGAAAGCAAAAGAAUUUAAAAAAAAUAAAAAAUAAAAAUUUUUUUACUAUUAUGACUUCUGACGUGGGCAAAAUUUUAUGUUACGUGGAUUAUUAGCAGAAUUUUUGUAUAUAUUUUUAUUUACAUUUCAGUUACCAGUAGGAGAGGCAAAAACCUUCCGAGGUUUGGUGGACCUGGUCACCAUGGAGACGAUCACAUGGAAUCCUGGGACCAAUGAGGAUGAUGGAAGGACGUUUUAUCGGAAAGCUCUGACUGAAACACAUGAUAUAGAAUUACUGGGAAAAGCCAGCAAAGCAAGAAAUAUCCUAAUAGAACAAGUAAAAGCUUUAAAGUAAAUAUUUUAAAUCGAAACAGUAGUAUAAUGUGCUUCAUACAAAUGUGUAAUAGUUAGCAGGCAAGCCAACUCACUAGCAAGCAAAACGAGAUUUUUACUUACUGUGAUCAUCGAUUGAUCUUUGGAUAAGAGUUUAGAAUUCAGUGAUCACCAGUCAGGAUUUAGUAACCAAGAUAUAGAAGCAUCAGAGCUAUAAUGUCUGUGUUCAGCUGAUAUCCUUGGCUAAAUAACCUGCACUUCAACUCACAAUCGUGUUUAACAAUCUACCUGUAACAUAUCUAUCCAUCCUUUCAUCCUGUUUUGCACUUUGCUAACAACAACAACAGCCCCCAUAUUCCUAAUGAGAAACCUAAGGAUCCAGCAGAUGCCUCAGGUGCAAUCAGGGAUAUUAGCUAAAUAUUUGUGCACAACACUGUACAAAUAUGACACAGAAUUAUACUGGAAUGUUUUAGGGUUACACCAUAUCUUUAGCCAGAUUAUACUUCCAUGUAUAGUAAUGCUUCUCACGUACUGUUUAAUAUGUCCAGAUUAGUUUAGAAUUGAUUUGUACUUUGCCUGGGUAUUAACCAAUAAAUAAACGUGUAUGAUUAGCUGAUUUUAUUUGUUUUAAUUGUCUUCCAGGUUGCAGAUCUAGAUGAUGAGUUUGCUACUCUAAUCAUUGAGGAGUACAGUGAUAGUUUUAAUUUGAUACCCGUGGAAAAGGUGCCUAUUUAUUUUUAUUAUACAUUUUUAUGAGGGUUGUUAAAGAACAGGACCGACCUACCAGAUACAAGGUCUUGAAAGCUUUUCAUAGCUCAAUGCAAAACAAUGCCUGUAAAUUAGUUCAUAUUAUAAAUAAAGCAAACAAACAAUAAUAGAUCACAUCUAAACAUGCUAUAGUACAUAACGAAGAGUGACUCGAGCUCAUAUUACUUGUUUUAUUUUAUGUUAAGUAUAUUAUUAUUCCCGUUUUCCAAAUGAAUACAAUGAAAAGAACAGCAGUAGUAGCAAUAUGAAAGCUCAAUGCAUGUUUGGAUUCCUCGUAUACUUGUAUAGGAAGUAGCAAGCAUUCACCAAGGUUCAAGAAGGAGUGUGACCCCUGUUCUUUUAAAGCGGAUCUGUCAUUUUCAAGGAUCAUUGUAUGUUUCACAAAGAUCCCCAAAGUGACAGAUCCGAUGUGGAUCCGGGGGCCAUGCAGAGGCAAUUGCUUGUUGCAGCCGCCAUCUUCAUAUUUCUAUGCUCGUCGGGUUCCUGGUGCUUCAUUUGGCAGGAGCCACAUAAGUGCACAUGCGUGCGAGUACAGCACUGAGGUCUAUGGAGGAUCUUGCGAGACCGUGAGAGCCUACAUAGAUCAAUAUCUGAAUCCCACAGUAGUCAAUUGUGACGGUGUCUGGGAUUGGACAAAGGUAGACAGCAGAGCUCCACGUUUUUGUCAACCUCAGAUUUAUCAUAAGACCAAGUAGUCCCUACUUUCAUUGAAAAUUCAAAGCAGUCUUGAUGAGUAUUUCAUAAAGAUUAUAUUUUUAUGAAAUACUAAAAUGUGACCAAGCUGCUUUAGGAUACAUACAGGUAGAAACUAAUUAUCCAGCUGCCUUUAUAGCUUCCUACGGCUUAGUUAAAAAAUAUAAACAUGCAGCAAUCACAUGUUGAUUAUUUGGCAUAACUGGCUUUCAAGCUUUUUUCCUUGCAGUGGAUCAGUAUAUAUUCCUUCAUGCUAUUGAAUAUUAUUUUAACAGAACAUAUUUGUUAGGACAUUUUAAUCUAAAGUUCUGUAUAGGUUAUUUAUUAUAUAGUCCAUUUUAAACUUGAGCAGGUUAUUUGUUUAUGCUUAACCUCUCGCAGAACAUUGGAAUAGCUAUGAAUACCCAAACAUAUUCUUGUACGUAUUAACCAUGAGACUUUGUGCACAGUUACAGCUUGCGAUACGGAGAGUAACUCUGGCUCAGUCAGCGGUUCCAGUCCUUUGUGGAAGUGCUUUAAAGAAUAAAGGUGUUCAGCCACUCUUGGAUGCAGUUACUUUAUAUUUGCCAUCUCCAGACGAUUGUUCACAUGAUUUUGUGUAAGUAUUAUUCGUGAGGUUCAAUCUUGCAUGAGGUUAACAGCAAAUUAAUAUUUCAGGAUGAUGCUUUGCGUUAGAGACACAUUGAUUUAUUGAAUUCAUGUUUAGUUGUGUUCUUUAGAAUGCUGGAGUGGAAUCUAGAACAAUGACCUAAAGGUCACAACUGAACAUCUACCAGACUUCAUAUACUGUUUCGAAACAAACUUUACACAUGUACCAGCUUGAUAUUUAAACUGUUCAUAAUUCCCAAAGGGACACUAUAGGCCCUAAAGGGACACUAUAGGCACUUCAGCUUAUUGAAGUGGUCUGGCUGCAGUGCCUAUCCCCGUAGUCCUGCAAUGUAAAUCACUGCAGUUUUUGCCUCUAGUAGUUGCCAAUCAUACAGCCACUAAAGGCACUUUCUGGUGGUUAGGCGACUUUUGGUUACCCGAUCGACGUCCUCAUGCUCUUCAUGAGGACAUCCAGCGUCAGUCAUUUCCCCUUAGGAAAGUAUUUAAGGAGGGCCUAAAGCACUCGCGGUCCAUGCGCUUUAGCCCUUGACGGAUGACAUUAGAGGAGGCUGAGCGCCGACCCAGCACUGAGAGAGUUUGGCGUUGGAAUCGUGUAAGUGUUAAAAGGGCUUUUAAACCAUUCCUGUGCCGGGAAGGGGGAAUACUUUGUAUUCCUUACACCAUAGAUUCCCUUUAAUUGUUCAUAGACUUGUUCUAUUCUCUGAACAUAUUGUAUAUGUAAAUAGCUACCAACUGAAAGAGUGAGAUAGAAAAAAAAAACACUCACUCAAAAGUGAAUGGGAUUCAAUCUCACUCUAGAAGAUUACCUCCUAAAGUAAACGUAACAAAGAAAAUGGUAAUAACCUUUAUUGAACUAAAAUUAAGCAAAGAAAAUAUAUAUAAUAGGUAUAAAGCUUACCCUGGAUAGAAACACCAUAGAAAGUUGUGUUAGUGAAAAUCACAUAAAAGUGAGGAAUUAAAAACCUGGGGAUAUGUUCCUUAAUCUCAUAGAAAAUGAUAUAUAUAUUGUAUGUGCACAUACGUAUAGAGUCCGCUAAAAUAAAUAGUAGUAAGGCCUCUAAAGAGGACCAAGUAAGACUAUAGGGACAUCCGAUAUGUGGACCAAUAUAUAAGAGAAAUGGAAGAUAAGUACAGACUGCUCCGUCCGUUUCUCUUAUAUAUUGGUCCACAUAUCGGAUGUCCCUAUAGUCUUACUUGGUCCUCUUGUAACCUACCUUGGGGUUCUGACGUUGGCUAGUCCAACAUCACCACUCCUAUCUCAUAUUUAUAUUGUAUAUGUAUAUAUUGAAACAUAGAUGUGAUUAUACGGAUUGAUGUAUAUGUUUGUUUGCAGGAAAUGGUACGAGAAUGACUUGUGUGCUUUAGCGUUUAAGGUUGUUCAUGACAAGCAGCGUGGUCCCCUGGUUUUUGUGCGGAUUUACUCUGGAACAAUGAAACCCCAGUCAGCAGUGCACAAUGUGAACCAGAACUGCACGUACGUUACCUGCACUUUUAUUGUUAUCCAUUUAGAUAUGAUUAUCAUCAUAUACAUUCUUGUAAUGUUACAUUUAUUUUAAACAGGGAAAGGAUGAGUCGUUUACUUCUGCCAUUUGCUGACCAGCAAGUGGAAAUCCCCUCUUUGUCCCCUGGAAAUAUUGCAUUGACAGUUGGACUAAAACAGGUAAGCAGAAACAUUUACAUAAAGGGACACUAUAGUCACCAGAACAACUACAGCGUAUUGUAUUUGUUCUGAUGUGUAUAAUCAUUCCCUGCAGGCUUUUUGCUGUAAACGCUGUCUUUUUAGGGAAAACGCAGUGUUUACAUUACAGCCUAGAGAUAUUCUUUCGUGAGAUCAGCAGAAUUGACAAUCUCUACCAAUCAUAUUUGCUUUCGUAUGGGAAAGAAUUGUGAUUGGCUGAGAAAAUCACUUCUGAUGAUGUCAGUCAAGGAGGUAGAUCUGGGCCAGAGCCAGCACCAGCAGACUGGAAUAAAGGUAUGCUUUAACUAUAUUUAGGGGGACAAGGGGAAGACCUGGGCGUUAGAUGGUGUUUUUAACACUAUGGGAUCCUGUGUUCCUGACCCUAUAGUUUUCCUUGAAAGAUUAAAUAUUUAUGGUUUAAACAUCAUCUGUCUCUGUUUAUCCCGUAGUUUCGCUCAGUCUCUCCUUAUCUCUGUUAAGCCUGCAGUUUGGCUCCCUUUCUUGCUGUCUCUGUUACAGGGAAAAAGCGAGCAAUACGGCAGGCGAUUCUGUUGCCCCCCUCUACAUUUUCUAUGUUGCACACGCUGUAUUCCUGCCAUGCUAUCGCCCAUAUUGAGAAGUUGGUCUGAAGUAUGGAGGUUUCAUUUGAACGUUUGUUAAUUGUUGGAAUAAUAGGUGAAUUGGCACUGCUCUUCCUCUGCCACAUACAGAGAGAGUGGUUAAUACCUUAUUAGUUAUGUUACAGAAUGGCUGUACUCCAAUAUCUACCCUGUUUAACCUGAUGAGUGGUUAGAAAUAAUACUGAUAUUUUUUACUAGCCUGCGGAUAGCUUGAUGAGUUACAAAAUAUUUCCUAUUUAACUUCUGUGAAAACACAACAGCUAUUAUAUUCCGUGGGCAGUAGGUAGAUGCAUCUAAUUACAUUACAUGCUACCGGAAACCAGCGAUUUUGUUGGGUCUUUAAAUUGUAACAUCAAGCGUGUUACUGCAUUGUAAUCAGUUUCUGUCUCCUGAUUUCUUACAGACCGCUACAGGAGAUACCAUUGUUUCUUCGAAAGCAUCAGCAGCGGCUGCUUCCCGCAGGGCUGAAAGAGAUCGUGACCAAAAGAGCAAAGACCGCAAGGCACAGAGCAGCCUUGUAUUGGCCAGCGUGGAAGUCCCAGAGCCAGUGUUUUUCUGUACUAUAGAACCUCCAUCUGUAGCCAGACAGCCAGGUACAGUACUGCCUCGUAAAAGCCCACAGUCUUGUCUUUCUUAAAAGCUCCCGAACCAUAGAAUGUUACAUAGUUACAUAGCUGAGAAGAGACUUUCUAAGGCUGGACCCCAACCAUCUUUUCUUCCACAGUCAGUGCUUUAUAUCUAUUGCAUCAUCACGGGCCUCAGAGUUAUUUGACCUGUAAUUCAUUAAUAUCUGGCGUUCUGAGUUUUUACACAUUUGUAUAGAUAAUUAGCUGUUUUUAGAGAAAUCUUAACAAUUGGACUUUUACAUGAAUUAACAACUCUUCAUGUUUUCUGCUGAAACUUAAAUAUAUUUAUAUUAGUGUUGUAGAAUUAUUAGGCCCCUUUAAAUCCUCUUGCUAUACCUCUAAGAGGCCCCCAUAGUUUUACAAGAAAGCUUUGUCUAUAGAACAUAAAAUUUGCAUGCCAGCAAGAAAUAGCUUUGAUAAAAUGUGUAUUUACUAAAAGCCUUGAAACCUAACCUUGAGAAACUAACAAGUGCCAGCUACGCUCUAAAUGGAUAGCUGCCAAAAGGCCCCUCCCGUCGAGUGAGCUCCUCAUGUUAGCAAAAUGGCGCUAAAACCUGGAGGAGAUAAUCAUGACGGGGAUAGUGACCUAAGAAUGGGGAGGGCAUUUUACUAACAUCUUAGCACCUAAGCCAAUUAACAAUGUCUAUUUGUCUAUAUCUUGAUUUUCUUCAGUGAUGUAAUAAUGCCUUUAAAAGGGUCUGCGCACCCAUUUUCUGUCAGAAACCAUUAAACUUCUCCGAAGUUCUUUCAUUACCCUGAACUUUGUGUCUCAGUGUGAAUUUACUUCUGCGUGCACGCAACUUUAUUAUCUUUAAUUUGGACAGGAACAGAUAGUCAUUCAAACUAAUUGGUUUGCAGUAAAUCAACUACAACAUUAGUAAAGAGAAUCAUUCACUGUCAUCCACUUUAAUAAAUUAUAAUUCCAAAAUAGAAAAAAGCCCCUCUAGAUAAAUAAAUAAUAUAUACUCUAGCUUUGUGUCAUUCAAUUUAUAGAAAGUGGUCAUAAGCUGUUAUUGAUUUAAAAUUUACUUACACCAGUCUUGGAAUAGUUAUGUGAAUAUACAAUUUGGCCUCAUCCACCCCCCCACCCCCCAAACUCUGCAUUAAAAAAAUGCAAAAGUGUAAUUUUUUUAAUAUUGCUUUUAAUGUCACAAUUCCCCUAUCUUGUUUCUGAUCGUUUGUGCAAUGUGUCUCAAUACCAUUCCCUUCUUUUCUCACCUAUAAAAUCAAAUUAUCAUUAACGUGUAAAGUAAAAAAUGGAUCAUGACUACAGUGUUAAUUAUAACAUCUGUUAUGAUAGUUAUAUGAUUUACCUGGGUUCUACAUAUAAUAGCUGUCUUUACCCUGUCUUUUAAUUACACAGAAUGCAUAUAAAUUCAUAUCUUGUUAUAAUGUUCCUAUUAACCCUUUCCAAAAAAUAUAGAUUUGGAAAAUGCCUUAAAAUAUCUGCAGCGGGAAGAUCCAAGCUUAAAAGUGAAGAUAGAUCCUGAUUCUGGCCAAGUAAGCUGAUAAGUGUAUUUGUAUCGAUGUGUGUGUGUGUGUAUAUAUACAUAUAUACACACACACACACACACACUCUAUAUAUUUGUAUAUAUACACAGAAGAUCUUCCGGUAAAAGUAGGUUUAAGCAUGCCUGUUAUGUUAAUAGCUAAUAGAUUAAAAAGGCUUGAAUGUAUGGUUACCAGAUUAUCCAUUUAAAGUGUCAGUCCACAAAUAAAUCGCUAUUUAGUAUAUAGUGCCCCUAUAACAUCAUGCAUUAAUUUAAUAAUGCAAUUUUUUAUUGGAGUUAUAACUAAAAGCACUUUUGUGAAAGCUGCAUGUAGCGGACCCCGGGUAACUCGACUGGUUACCUCCGCUAAUUCCUCCUCUCAACCAGACUAGAACCAUUAAACACUCAAGCAACCAUUACCAAGUAACUAGAUGAGACAUAGUUCUGAGAGUCAACUGAUUUUAUUUUGGCCACACACUGCUUUUAUGCACUGACCCCUAGCAUGGGAUCUCCAACACAACAUUACAGGGUUUUUCCUCCCAAGAUCCUCUGUGUCUGAGAGAUAAUUAAGUGCGAAAACUAUAACUCAAUUAUCUCUCAGUUACAGGAAAAUAUACCCAAAAUAUACAAUGCCCCAAUAUAACCAGAAACCCCACUAAUUAUAUCCCCGGAUAGCUCUGAUCUGAGUGUCCAACUUGGCCAGGUAUCACUCCGAUCCAUUUGGCAGGAUUGGAUCGCCACUGGGGUUAAAUUUUGACCGGCCAUGAGGUGAUGGCCCAAAACAGUUCCAGGGAAAUAUGUGCCACGGUCGGUCUCUGUUUGGGGGUUCCUGAGCGAACACCAUAAAAGGAUUCUCCUGAUUUUAGGGAGCGAAUGCUCCCCCCAGUCGGUAGUUCCCAUCUCCCGAAUGUCGUUUGCAUAGGUGGUUGGGAAGUAGGAUGGGCAGCGAUAUAAUCUUUAGAAGUUCCAGGCACUUGACGACCAAGUACCACUGCCCACGUUCGGCCAUCCAAGGGAAGCUUAAUGAAGUGGUCUGGGUGCCUGGUCCUUCUAGGGUUAACCCAUUUUUUAAUAAACAUAGCAGUUUCAGAGAAACUGCUAUGUUUAUUAAUGGGUUAAGCCUUCCCCCUAUUCCCUCUAGUGGCUGUCUCAUUGACAGCCACUAGAGGUGCUUGCGUGCUUCUCACUGUGAUUUUCACAGUGAGAGCACGCCAGUGUCCAUAGGAAAGCAUUGAGAAUGCUUUCCUAUGAGACCGGCUGAAUGCGCGCUCAGCUCUUGCCGCGCGUGCGCAUUCAGCCCAGAAGGAGGAACGGAGGAGGAGAGAAGGAGGAGAGCUCUCCGCCCAGCGCUGGAAAAAAGGUAAGUUUUAACCCCUUUCCAGAGCCGGGCGGGAGGGGGUCCCUGAGGGUGAGGGCACUAUAGUGCCAGGAAAACGAGUGUUUUCCUGGCACUAUAGUGGUCCUUUAAUUACUUCCCUUGCAGUUUCGCACUUAAGUUGCUGGUGUGGAUGUUCUAAUGGGGUACAGGGGUGGUCCUCGUUCGGGCACAACAAAUCCCGAACGUAUAAACAGAAAAAUCCACAAAGGGACUGUAUGUUCCGCCACACUGCAGAUCUCUUGUAAGCAGACUUUGCAAGCCCUCCCCUUCUAACCAAGCCCAGACUUUCUCUGGUUGACCAAUCACAGUCUUCCUAACACAGCUCAAAAUGAGAAGUCUUUGUAAGGCAGGUGCUCUAAACAAUUGCUUGAGUUUAGCUACACUGAGUUAACAAAACCAGGAAGAAACAGGACCGGUUAUCUGAAUGAAAACCAGGGGCAUGUAACAAGGUUUAUGCAUGGUAGGCAUAAAUAAAAUGAAACCACACAAUAACCACAGACAACGUUUAAUUGCUUUUCAAUGGGCUUGGCCAUGGUGCUUAUUGAAAGCUCAAGGGGCUUACAACAACACCUUUCAAAAUGUUUAACUUUAUUAACCACCAAAUAGCCAGUCAGUCAUAACUAACCUGACCGCCUUUUAUUUAAAACCAUUUACCACCGUAUCAUACACCAUUCACCUUUCAGGCUCUUAAAAGUGUGUAUUAACGGAGAUUUUUGUUACCACUGUUUAGUGAACCUGUCCCUUUGAUCUCUACAGUUGGUUGGGAUUUCUAUGCCUGUCGCAGUCAAAUGACUUGGCUGAAUGUCUUUUUCUCAUGUCUUUGCUAUAUCAAAGCAGGAGUGCUGGACCAGCAUUUGCAAGUUUGACAGUUUUCCAUUCUUCUGAAUAAAAUAGAUAUUAAAGAGAGCAGUAAUAACUAUUAGCUUCCUAUUCGUUUAAAUGCAAGCGUAGAUUCAUUUUAGGAGAAAUUCCCUGUAUAAUAGACGAUGGUUAUUCUGAUUAAUAGACACAUUGUUGUGUGAUUACACCUUUCUAAUCAUUGCCCAUUAGAUGAUUCUCUGUGGGAUGGGAGAACUGCACAUUGAGAUCAUCCAUGACCGCAUCAGGCGUGAAUACGGACUCCAGACGUACCUGGGCCCUUUGCAAGUUGCAUACAGAGAAACCAUAUUGAGUCCGUCUAGUGCAUCAGGUGCGGUUUCAUAUUUCUUUUGUUGUUUUAAUAUUCUGAUUUGACACUGGAAAGUAUUCUGUUAGAAAUGACUUUAACUAUUGGGUAGAAAAGCUCUAGAGAAACCGUAUUAUUCUUCCCACUUCCUGAAAGUACAAUCUUAUUGAACUAUAUGCAGGGGAAACACAUGGCCUUAAAAAACCAAUUCAUGUUAAUUCUCAACUAGCACCUUCUUACAUCUAAGAGUUAGUGUUUUCAAACUGGCCGCUUAUAAUGAGUAAUUCUUUACAAAAAUUACACACAAUUUUGGUGGUGGUGGAUUCCAGGGACCAUAACCACUUGACAUGAAGUAGUUAUGUAGCCACGAGUUGCCCUUUAAACAUAUAAGAGCCUAGGUCUCAAGGGAAAGAAAAGUAGAACAUCCCUGGGUGUGCCUUUCUAAAAAGAGCCCUGAAGGUUUUAAGAGACCUGGCCUGCAAAAAGAGGCUACAUUCUCCUGCUGAGAAGGACAGGGAAACUGUCUUAUAGGAAGUGAGCAGUCAUCUAUAUCUACUAUCAGAGUACUGUUACCUGCAUUCCGCUGUUAGAGGCGGAGCUUCCUGUUAGUUCAUGCUGCCAUAAUAUUAUCUAGAACACAUUUUAUGCACGAUGAGGGUUAUGUUUGGAAAUGUAAGUGGGUUACAUGGAAUUGUUCAGCAGUCUUAGCAAUAUUCUACCCAACAGAAAGUCUUGCUUUGUUUUAUGUCCUCUAAAUAGUGAUGUCCCGAACUGUUCGCCGAAUGGUUCGCCGCGGACUCUUCAUUGAGUAAACUUUGACCCUGUACCUCACAGUCAGCAGACACAUUCCAGCCAAUCAGCAGCAGACCCUCCCUCCCAGACCCUCCCACCUCCUGGACAGCUCACUAAGAAUGCAGCUUCACAAUGGAUGCUGUCUGGGAGGGAGGGUCUGCUGCUGAUUGGCUGGAAUGUGUCUGCUGACUGUGAGGUACAGGGUCAAAGUUUACUCAAUGAUGAGUCCGCGGCAAACCGUUCGCGAACAGUUCGGGACAUCACUACCUCUAAACAAUAUCACAUAAUAAACAUUACAUAAGUGUCACAAGAUUGGCAUGAUCACAUCUUGGACAAGCACAUACUUCAGUGCCAUGAGUUAAACUUGUUUUGCCAACUCACACCCUAAAUGCAAAGGUCCGGGUUGUUUACAAUGGUUUUACAUCUUGUACCUUGUUACGUCUGUUCCAUACCAAGUAUCAUAUUAACUCAUCAAGAGCGUUGGCAAGACACCGCUGUCACAAGAUGAACCGAAUAGUUGUUUUAGAAAAUGGGAACAAGUAACGCAUAAUGGUUUCUAAUAUUCUAGCAUUAUUUUCUAUAUCCGUUUGUACAAAACGUCUUCUUGCCAUAUACAUUUUCAUAUGGUGUUCUUCUUUACGUGUUUCAUUGUCUGACUGCUUACUUUGGAGCAGUGAUGUCUAGCUAACAGCUCUGCAGUUGUUAUGGACUGUGUUUCUCAUGAUGCUUAGCCAGCCAAGUGGUCCAUAUCUUUAACGAGGGUCCUAUCUGAUGGCCUUUAGUUAUAGAAACCACGGACUACAUCAUGAGUAAUGUAGUCCAUAAUAUAUUUUUAUAUAUAAUAUAUAAAACUAAAAUUAGUAUUUUAUGUUAUUACAAAUUGCCAAUCAUUAAACAUAGACGUUUAUAUUGUUUUUUUCCCAUCAUUCCACCAGACACCUUGGAUAGAACAGUAGGUGAUACCCGCCAUCUGGUGGUGGUAGACCUGGAAGUUAAUCCAAAUCCUGAUGCAGGCAUUAGUCCAGUUAUUGAGUAUGCAGAGAAUAUUCCAGACUCUCUACUUAAGGACUUCCAAGAAGCCAUAGAAAACGGCAUUCAAAGUUCUUUCCUGCAAGGUGAGAAAACUAAAAGAAAAGAGAAAAAGGUAAAGGGUGCGCCUUAAAAAUAAGUGAAAAUAAUACUUUUAUAGAUAUACAAAGGUCUGCAAUAGUCCAAAAUUGGAGUGAUACACGUUGGCAUGAGAAAAUCCUUUUGGGACAGCGAAUGGGGUAUAUGGUCACAGGUGAAGACUCGUAGUCCAAAAGAGUGUGUGUAUGUAUGUAUGUAUGUAUAUAUAUAUAUAUAUAUAUAUAUAUAUAUGUGUGUGUGUAUUUAUAUAAAGCAGAAGACAAAAGAUUCCAAUGGUACAGUAUGUCUUAAUCAAUAAAAUAUCGGAUAAAUAAAAAGAAACUACUCGCACUAUCCAGAGCUUAAGUCCAGCUCUGGUUUAAAUGGCGUGAAAUGGAACAAUCCCCACUCAAGGAUAUGCAGAGUGUCUCUAGUGAUCUUCAAUAUACCGGCCCAGUAGGAGAAUCCAGCUCGGGAUGAGAUGAAAUAUAUAGUGCUCCCUGUAUGGCUGUUAACAGUAGUAAAAAGUAGGAUAAAAUAUACUCACGGUAUAUUGAGCAGACGCACUGCUCGAUGAAUAGCGUGUGGGUGGUACAAUCCCCACUUUGGGAUUCUUGGUACUUCUUAUGAAUCGUAGAAAAAUGGUGUCAGGUCAGGAUAAAAAAGAAAAUAAAAUACCAAAAAUAAAAAAUAAUAAUAAAAAAUGGUAAUGUAAUAUAGCUAUAUGUUUCUACUUGAUGAAGCCAGCAGUGGCGAAACGCGUCUAGAAACCUUUCAAUAUUUAUUGUUAAGUGUUAAUAAAGGAAUUUUGGGGCUAUUUCUAUAAUGUUGCCAUAUUCCUUUUUUCACUAUAUUUUGUAUAUCUAUAGAAGUAUUAUUUUCAUUUAUUUUUAAGGCGCACCCUUUUCAUUUAUUCUCUUUUCUUAUCCUGAGUGGACCCCCCAUUCUAUAGGUGUGCUGCCUAUACUUUACACUCUUCUAUUCCUGUUGUCAUAUCAGCGCUGACCCCUUUUUGUGUUCUUCCCUAUAAGAGAAAACUAAAAGUUCACUUACAUAUUUUUAUUUUUUACUAGUUUUUCCUGUGUAAGGGUUAUCAUCCAAACCUUAAUGAAGGGAUACAAUUUAUGCCAUUUAAUUUUUUUCCACAUUGCUCAUAAUGGACUCACAGCCACAAGUCAUUAACCAGUUUGAUAAGCCCUCUCUCCAAGAGGAAAGAACCGCCUGUAAUAAUUUUUGUCGAUACAGAAGUGGCAGUGAGCUAGGAUAAUACCCAACGUGUAGCAAUCAAAAACCUAUUUUGCUGAUCUUUGUGCACACUGGUAAUAUUGUUUGUGAGAUUUGUCAUAGCUUGUCCCCUUUUCCCCCUCUCGUUAGAGAGUCCAUAAAUAGCUAUGAAAACUGUGUUAAUGUGCCUUUCUAUUCCCAGGCCCUUUGCUCGGUUGUCCCAUCCAGGAUGUUGCCGUUACUGUACUUGCAGUCAAUGUACUUCCUGGUAGUUCCAUUACCAUGGUGUCUGCGUGUGUCUCCCGAUGCUUACAAAAGGUAAAUCUCCAUACUUGUUUAAAUGAUAAAAUAAAACGAAUUCUCCUGUUCUCUAUUUGUUUUUGCCAAAUAAAAAUAUAUGUUUGAUUAAGUUGUAUUUUUAUUCAAUUUUAGUAAUGAACCAAUCCUUAUAGCGUAUACAUGCUAUGAAGUUCUAACCAUAAAUAAAAUACUAAUAUCAAAAAAACCAUUCCAAAUCCGCAUUAAGACCUUGUCAUUCCAAAGUGCCUAAUUUGUGAAUCCAAUAGGAUUCCCUCUGAUCUAGUUUCCAUUCUCUGUUCCCUCCCCUACCCUCAAAAUGAAAGUCCCUAAACUUGAAUUUGGGACAUUGGUUACCGUGUAGCAACAUAGAAUGCAAUCUAAAAUGUAUUUAUGCUGUUAAGGUGUUCCAGUAUUUAUGUUUUCAUUUUCUCUCAUUCGACAACUGAUGCGGUAGAUUACAAAUUGUGCAUUACAUGUUAUUUCAGAUAAAAUGUUGUUUUGUUUUGUUUUUUUAACAUUUUACCUUGCUUGAAAAGAAAACACAUACUUUUAGAAUAGAUUAGUAAUGUCAAAAACUAGAUUUGGACAAAUCUCUUUUUAAAAGGAUAGUACAAUAAUCUUACUCCUGAGCACGGGUUAACCCCUAGUGCAACGAAGUGCACUAUAAAACUAAACAAUACGGAAGGGAGACAGGAUAAAUGAUAGUGUCCUGCAGAGUGGUAGUUGCCUCGUUAUAAAGGGAUGACCUUAGGAUAGGUUGGGCUCGGGGAGAUUAAAAAAGAGGAAAGAUAAUUAAAACUUCACUUUUAAUGUACAUAGUUAAAAGGGGGGUAUACAAACAAAUUUUAGUUCAAAUAACUGUUGUAAGAAAUCCUCAAGUGAUACAGUUACACUGCCUGUUAACAGAGUGAAAUACCACUGUGGGAACGACAGCUACAAAUUAGUAGUGUUAAUAAUGUAUCGAUAUACCAGUAUCCGGGCUCAAGGAAAAAUAGCCAAGUCCCAGUGAGCUGCACUGAAGCUGCUAACUAAGCUGAUAACAAUAUUUAACGAAACUGCAGUGUCUGAACUCCAAAACAAGCUUGAGAGUGCCAGUAUACCGCAGAAAAUAGCAUCUCAGAAAUGAUGACACGGUCCUGUGUUAAAGACCGUGAGAAAUGGCAUCUAGAGGUAUGUGCUGGAGGGAGUAUGUGCAGUUUGGUAACUAGGAGGUACAAAUUGCAAAAUGUUGCCUGGUAGAUUCUGCAGGAACUGGCACAAUGACCAACAAGCUAUGGUUAGAAAGGGGUUAACUACAAAAACACUCAAAAUCCUAGUGUUAUGGUAUGUGCAGGCGGGCGUACCUGCAGUAUAGUAACUAGGAGGUGCAAACUGCAAAAUGUUGCCUGGUAGAUUCUGCAGGAAUUUAAAAAAAGAUAGUUUCAGAAACCGAAAUCGCUGUGCCUUUUAGGCUUUGAUCAUGUGAUUCUUUGAUUGUUAGAUCAAAUAAUCAUCAACCACCAUGGAUAAGUAAAAACACUUGCUUAUUGGCACAAUACUCAACCAUGAUCAGAGGCGAGAGAGUGUUAGCAAAAACUCUACAACAGUGCAGUCCCAUUCUAAUGUCUAUUCAUUUCUUUACAGGCAAGGUAUACAUGUGGAAGAAACUAUUGAUUCUAACUGGGUAUUUAAUACAUUUUAUUGCUUUAUAAUCAAACAUUUAAAAAGGGAACUUAUUUUAUUAAAAAUUCAUUGCAAGCUAGCUAGCCAAAAUCCCCUGCCUUAUCAGUAAAUGAUUGAAUACAUAUUUUAUCCACUAAGCAUAAAAUUAAAUUGUAUAGAAAUGAGAAGUGAAAACCUGAUUAAAAAAAAAAAAAAAAAAAAAUUACCCAGUAGUUCCAGUUCCAGUUUGUCAAGGCAGAUGUGGUUAGUUACACAAUAUCAACUGCUGAGCGAUUGAUCCAGUCGGCCGAACACACUCUCAUAGUCCAAUUACAGUCCACUGUGCACGCAAAAAAAACAGUUCAUUGAACUAAACAAAGUUUGUUUUGCAGGCAGUGGUUCAAAAUCAGAUUGCUUAUUCACAAACAGAAACUGAAAACGGACUAACCUUGCUUUCCAAUAGUACUGUAAUUGCUGUAAUACUAAAUUAUGUUCUGUUUAGCAACUAGGAACAAACUAUGUAGGUCUAGAUAAGCAAGACAUUCUAAAUUUGAAGGAGAUCAUAGCAAAGAUAUAGUUUGUAACAUUUUACAAGCCAUAUGUAAUGCUGGUCUUCAUUUUUACCAAUUGUCAAAGUUUUAUUAAAGGGAAAGUACCUAUCUAUAAUUCUUUUUAUAUAAUGUUUACUUAUCCCUCUAUUUAACACAUCUGUUUGUGAGGUGUAAAAAAUAAAGUUAAAUGAAGAAAUCCACAUUCUUUAACCUACACCUUGGAGCCUCCAUCUUAGAUUCCUGUCAACCAAUUGUUAUAAGCUCUUUUUUUUUCACCUGCCAUUCUGCAUACAGAACAAAAGGAGAAAUGAAAAUGUUUGUAUUUCUCCUCUUCGUCUGCAGUUUCUGCCCUGGCUUUGCCUUGCCUGAGUAGGAUUAUGAUAUUAUUUGCAAAAUUUGAAAGAAAAAAUAGAUAAUCAUUUUAUGCAAUAGUGUAAAUUCCGUAAAGAAAAUGUUUGUUUAAAACGUUCAAGGCUUUAGAUCUUUACUGAAUUAUUCACUAAAGCGAAAAUACAGAGUGAAUUCAAAAUUCAUUUGACAUUUUUGGACAAAGUAUCUGAACUCCAAGCACAGUUUAUUUAGAGAUGUUUUUCAAUUUGGGUAAAAAACCUGAAAUUGACAUUGAAUAGUAACGUUAGUGAAUAACACUAAUAAUGUCUAAGUAUUUUUGAAUAAGGUGCACAAGCCAGCCCUUACUGUAUUGCUUUAUGUUUAACAAUAUGACUAAAGAAUUGUAAUUACCCUUUAAAAGCAAGAUUUUUAGCAGACGUGUGUGUUAACAGUGUGUCCUGUAACUCGUUAACUUUUAUAAUUACUGCAUUGCCAGACAUAUUGGUUAUCAAUCAUUUUGAAAAUGCACAAGUAAAACAAUCAUGAUUUUUUUUUUUUUACUCUCUGUACAGGCUCUGAAGAAAGCAGAAAAGCAGGUCCUGGAGCCUCUAAUGAAACUGGAGAUAACUCUGGGUGAAGAAUAUCUCAGUACCGUAUUGGGGGACUUGGCCCAAAGGAGGGGUAGCGUUCAGGAAAUUCAGAGCCGUUCUGAUAACAAAGUCAUCAUAGCAUCUGUACCUCUCGCUGAAAUGAUGGUAAUACCUAUAUCUUUUUAAAAACCACAUUUAUUCCCUGUUUUAAGUUUCCUUAUUUAUCUCUAAGAUGGAAACUUAGGUGCUAUUUAUCUAUUGUUUGUUUUAUCGUUUUUGUGUUAUCACAAGGUUGGGGAGUCUUCGUAAAGAUCUACUGCAGCCUCCAUAGAGCGCACCUAUAUAUAUUUUAUUUUUCAAUCCGUAUGUUGUGCAGACCUCAUACAUAUCAUUAUAUUUAUACUUAGGAGGUAUCCACUAUCUCACUAAUAAGCUUAGGCUAUUUUACUAUGUAUCCAUGGACCUCUAGUAUGUAAUUGAGGGUUCUGCGGAUUCUUUACGAUCCAGACACAUAUUUAAUAUACCAUUAAUACGGUGGUCCACAUAUUUUUACCUGAUCCCUUUAAGGACUAUUACUAUUUUCUACAUUAGACCCUGUAUACUUAAUUGCGGUAUUUAGGGCAGAUCUACUCAGGCCUUUAAAGUCAUAUCACUGUGUUUUCACUUUAUCACUGUUUAUACACGUUUUGGGUGCGUAGCAAUUUAGGAGUUUAUUUAUUUUAUUUUGUGGCUUAAUAAAGGUUUAUACCAUGUAUAUGUAACUUUACUUUAGGAGGUAUUUUUUUGAAUGUGAGUGGGUUCCACCCACUUUGAGUGAGUGGUUUCCCACCCCAUUCUUCCGCUAUCUUCAUAUCUAUCCUGGGGUUAUGCCCCUCAAUACCCCCUGUAACCUUCUUUGAGGUACUAGUGCUGGCUAGUCCAAUACCAUAACCUAUUCAUCUCUUUCUAUUUUUUAUUUUUACUUAAUUUCCAAUAGAAAUCGAUGUUCUUUAGAAAUCAAAGGUUUUCCAAUGUGUCCCUGUUCUUAGAUGGCGUGCUUGAGAUUAAUUCUGUUUGACCCUUGUAUUCAGGUGUUCCCUUAUGCCAGGGGUGCCCAAAAGGUAGAUCCCCAGAUGUUUUAAAACUACAGAUUCCAUGACGCCAUGACAUUCUAAAGGCAUGCAAAGCAUCAUAGUAGUUGUAGUUCCACAACAUCUGGGGAUCUACCAUUUGGGCCCCCCUGCCUUAGGCACACUAACCUUUAGGGUCAAAUUGCGAUGAAUUUGUUGCUUUGAGUUUGUUGGGAUAAAACACUGAAGGGCAAGAAGUCAGUCAGUUAUGUACUAAAGACAGCAGCUAAAGUGAAUUUUACAUUUAAAGCCAAAUUAGCUGAACUGAAAGCAGAGUUAGAGAAUUGUUCCAGUUCAGCUAUUUUCACUUUGAAUUCUCACUUGAGUGAUUUAACCCCAAUUGUGUUUCUAAAGAAAUAAGCUGGUUACCAGAGGGCAUGCUUUAUACAUUAAACCCAAUUAAAACACAUUGUGAUUUCACGUUUUCCUCUCUGCAGGGAUACUCUACAGACCUGCGUUCCAUCACCUCAGGAUCAGCAACAUUUUCACUUGAACUUUCUAACUACGAAGCUAUGAACCCUCAUGAUCAGUAUACUUUGCUCAAGAAGAGAGGGUUUGUAUAAAGCUCUGUGUGAAUGGAAUUCUGGAAAUUAACAUAAUAAUGAUGUCAAUUUUUCUAUUAAAUAAAAUACAUUGUAAAUACCGGCUAUUGAAGUAACCUAGGUCUGCCACAGCAUAUCGAUUUCACGGUUUAGAUUGUCUGUGUAUAAUUUAACUUGCAUUCAAUCGAAAAGCUCCAUAGCAGCCAUAAAUAAAUAAAAUCUUUACAGCAGCUCGAUACGUGUGAGUAAAUCCAAGAGCUCCACAUUGCUACAACUCACACAGGGUUUUUUGUUUUUGUUUUUUUUAUUAAAUUCUCAAUCACAGCAAAUUAAAAUCUAAAUUGCAG